GAACACACUGCCCCUAUCUAGUGCACUGUAGCCACGGAGGAAGUCCGUAGCACUGGGGAAGGUACAGUUUCCCUUCUCUAAGUUUGUAUAGGUGUUCUGUGGUUUGGUGCUGUUUUUCUGAGACGGUAAUGGCAAAUUUAGAGAGACUGCGUUUUUUUGAGGAGUUCGGCGUUACUCCCUACGUGUACGAGCCGAUUGCGAAGAGCUGGCCUCUCGAAGAAGCAAACGAUUCUGGUGCGAGCAGUGCUUUCAACGCGAACUACAGCAAAGUCUUGGGAUCUCCUCGUGUUGGAAAUGCUCUUUGCUUCUGCUAAUGUUAGUUGUGCCCGUCAAGAUCCAGCCUGUCUCUGCGCCGAUGCCAACAAUUACCUGCAAGUGCUGAUUGCUGCUGGUUGCCUCACUCCAGAAUCUGGCCUCACAAAUGCGAUGAGCGUAGAUGAAAGCAUCACUGCCAAAAUGGCAUGCCAUGCCCCUUCAAAGAUCGGUGGUCAGGUCGAGGUUGGCAUGCAGUGCAGCUUGUCUCUCGCUGACAAGUCUGUUGGGUGCUCGUUCAAACCAGGGAGCGAGUCUAGGAGCGUGCAGACUAUGGAGGCUGUGGAGCAGUUAAGCUCCACCUCAGCAUCAAGGCCUUCAAUUUCUACAUCAACUGCCAAAUGUGACAACUCAAAGCAAGGAUGCCUCCACCGAUGUGAGCUAUGUGACUAUGAGGCUGAUAAACUAUUUCUUCUGGAAGCACAUGCCAGCGCCCAUACUUCCGAGAAGCUAUUUCAUUGCCCUUUAUGCCCUCAGAGCUUUCCACAAAAGCAGAGACUGAAAACUCACCUUCUCACUCACACAAUCAAGACGCCAUUUCAGUGCACUUCAUGCUUUCGGAGCUUCUCGGAUAAGGCUCACCUGAAAGACCACUUGCGCAUCCAUACGGGCGAGAAACCGUUUCAUUGCCUUUUAUGCCCUCAGAGCUUUUCUCAAAAGUCCAGCCUGAAAACCCACCUGCUCACCCACACAGGCAAGAAGCCAUUUCAGUGCGCUUCAUGCUUUCGGCGCUUUUCGCUAAAGGCUCACCUGAAAGGGCACCUGCGCACCCAUACAGGUGAGAAGCCAUUUCAUUGCCCUUUAUGCCCUUGGAGCUUUACUCAAACGUCCACCCUGCAAAAACACCUGCUCACCCACACAGGCGUGAAGCCAUAUGAAUGCCCUUCAUGCUUUCAACGCUUCUCGCGCAAGUCUUACAUCAAAGACCAUCUGCGCACCCACACAGGCGAAAAGCCAUUUCGGUGCCCUUCAUGCUCUCGGAGCUUCUCGAAAAAGACCUCCCUGAAAGAACACCUGCACAGCCACACAGGCGAGAAGCCAUAUCAGUGCCCUUCAUGCUCUCAGAGCUUCUCACAAAAGGGCAGUCUCAGGAGACAUGAGACGAGAAGCCAUUUCAGUGCCCACUCUGCCUUCAGAGAUUCUCGUUGAAGAAUGCCCUGGAGAUACACCAGUGCAUUCGUACAGGUGACCGGUCAUAAAGUUGCACCGUCUGCUCCAGGUCCUCAUCACUUGAACAGAUUAAAGAGAGCACAGCACCAUGACACUGUAGGCUAUAGGUCAAUAAUCUCGUUAAACUACAGUCUGAAUUAAAAAUUUACAUACGUGUUGUAUGUUACAUAGUGUUCUACUGCAUCAGGUAGCACAAGUGUCUCCACAUGCUCCUGAGAGCAAGCUUUAACUCAGGCCCAACUCCGAUGGCGCCUAUUCAAAUACAUUUAAAAUGUAGAAAUGCUUUUCUGAAAUAACCAGUGGGCCGAUUAUAAUGAAAUUUGUUACAUUCGAGAGAAAAAGCUAAAUUAUGAUGUCUGCUGGGAGCAAAUUUUUGGUUGAAGGCCUGAAUGUUCGAACAGGAAUUCACAAAGAUGGUCCAGCAUGAAAAAAAUAGGAGCAAGAAUUUUAUAAUUUUUUAGCUUUGCACCUGGAAUGGAUAUCGUAGCUCAGUAAACUGCAUACGCUAGAUCUUCCAAAGUGGACAAAUUUGAUGUCUCAAUUUAUCUUUUGUUAACUUGUUACGCUGUUUACAGAGAGUACUUUGCAAAUGUCCUACUCGACUAUUAGUGGCAUAUAUUAUUGCCUUGUUUAACAUGUCAAUUUUGUCCACUUUAGGUGUCCUAUUUGGAGCAUUUUACAGAAUUGCGAUAUCAUUUUUCAUUGCUGAGUUAGAGCUGUAAACUUCAUAGUUUUGUUUUCUGAAAAUUCGUGAUGUUGAACAAUUGUUAAUAAAAGAUUGAUGGCCUUAAUCAAAAAUUCACUACCAACAGUCACUAAAUUCUGUUUCUUUUAUAUGCAACAAAACUCAUCAGGUUUGGUGCAGUAGUAGUCAAGAAAAAUGAUUUCUCCUUUCCCGUGUAUUUAGAUGGGAGCCCCCAAGCCGAAGCUUGUUCUUAAAGGGUCCCUGAAACACUUUGUGGUGUUACCAUAUUUUCUCUAGAUCUUUUCUCAACACGUUAUGGAACGCAGAGCAAAAGAAUUUACGAGAACUAACCCACAUAAAUCCAUUGUAGCUGAGAAAAAAAAUCGAAAUGCAGUUAAACUUUAAUUAAAAGAAGUCGGCAAAAACAGCUAUUUGCUUUGUUAUAUUGUGGCUUUUCAUUAUUCGAAAAGCAACUGAUGUUCAUUCGUGUCUCAAAAAUUACUGUUUGCAUGCCCCUACAAACUAUGUAUGUUCAUAGUAAUAAUUGUUACUCUACAGAUGUCUGAAUGAUGUGUUCUUUAGGCUCUGUUUUUUUCAGUAUUCUCUUUUGUACAUAUGAACUUGUUCUCUUAGACCAAUUCAUGUAUAUGUUGGCUCUUGGUUCUGGUCUACAUAGUUCAUCGUGGAUUCUUUUGAUCUUAUUGUAUUCGUGCCUUUCUGUUUUUUACAAAUGGGUACAUUUCUAGAGGAAUUAAUUGUUCAGUAAGCUAGCUUUCUACUGGCUGUUUCAUCAGAGCAUCAAAUAAAUGCUUUUUGAGUAUUUGUUUAUUCUUUAGUGAGUAUUGUCUGUUCUUGAUAUUUCAAUAAUUUAUUGACAGCAUGCAGUAUAGGGAUGUUAGCAUUUUAUUGUAUCUGGGGCUGCAAAUGAAGUUGAGUGACGGCAGUUGGAAGUUACUUAUAACAUUAAGAACCUGUUAUAAGUAACAUAGAUGAGUAAUUUAAGGUUUGAGUCGAAUGUUAAGUCCACCAUGCUUAAUUCUUUCCUACAUUUUAUUUUAACUAAUGUACCAGCAUUUCUAUAAGCACUAGUGCGACAUAUAUUUGUAGAAAUAUUUGUGUAAACUUUACAUAUUGUAUUGGCUGAUAAACCUGCACUGUGUAAUACAUCUGUAUGCAGAAGGCAAGAAAUUGGGCCAAUGCUGUUUUUAGAAAUUUGAAGAUUCUUUAUGAAUUGCGGUUGUGCCAGUCUCUCAUCAGGAAUUUCCUCACCGACAAAAUUAUGCACAGGACAUGCUUUUAAGAUAAUAAAUACAAGGGUUCACUGUUUCGAUUAAGGGCGUGCAAAUAUUUGAUACGUUAAGGUAGGCACUUUGUCAAUACAACUAUCUUCUAAUAGCCUUCGAACACUUAAAACAAUACGUGUACAGAAAGAAACCUCAAAGUGAAACAAAAGUAUGAUAAAUGUCACCCCCAUGGGCAUAGUGUAGGCAUAAAACGUCAGUGUGCGCGUAGUAGAGGAAGUAUACGCUUCUGAGGCAGCUAGACUUUCCUGGCUAUACAGGGAUCAUUUGCACUCCCUGAAGAGCCCUUUGUAUGCGAGUGAUUUCAUCAUUUGUUCCUACUGCUCCGUUUCUGCUUUUAGUAAACUAUGCUACAUUAUGUGUGAUGUAACUACAGGAACUUGCCAAUGGAAUGAACACCAGGAUGUGUACCUUGUUUUACACAUUUCUUGACAAUAGCUGUGCAUUCUUCAAAAACAGUUUGAAACAUAUUCUACAUUUGUUUCAAUUCUGGCACUAUUCGAUUUGUAUUCCAUUCAAUAUGCAAAAAUUACUUCUAUAUAGGGCGACAAUGUACCUUUAUGUAAUGAAUAAACAUAUUUGAGGCUUCUUUUCUUUUUUCUCGUUGUUCUGCAAGUUGCACUCCUAAGGAUUACCUCCACAUCCACUCAGCCAUUUUGGUGGCACGUAUGCCUUCAGACUCUGGCACGUUACAUCCA